GAUGGUGGUUACUCAACUGCACCAGAGCUUCAGGCUUAUGAAAUCAAAGUUAAAAGCAAAGUGGAAGUCAUUGAAGCUGCUCUCAAGCUUCAGAUGUUCAGCAGCCGUCCGAUAUGUUGCUAGUUUAGAGAUUAAGUCGUAGCCGUUAGAUCUAACUAGUCGUUAGAUGUGUCAGCUUAAAUAGUAGUCAAAGUCUGUUUUCAAUUCAGUUUUUCUUUUAGCUGUAGCUCGACUUCUUCAAUCAAUAAAGAUCGAUUUUCUCUCUUCGCACGAAUCACUCAAUCGAUUUCAUCCUCGCAAUUACAGAUAGCCACCGAUUAUAACACAGCUCAACCACCGGCAAAAAUUACCGAACCAAAUAUGGCGAAGGAAGGCGGUGCGAACAGGAAUCGGAAAGAGAGCGAGGCCGGAGCGUUUUUUAUGGCUACUCUAGUGAUGUGGAGCGUCUCAGUUUUCUUCGAAAUCCUCUUCAAUCAGCGCUCGGAGCUACUUCCUAUCAUCACCGGCUUCGCUUUUUUCCAGCUCGCCAACGCCGUUAUAUCGAACUUCGUCUCACCUGACCCGCUCUUCGUCAACACGUGCGUUUCCCUCCUCCAUUCAUCCAUCACCUCCGCCUCUGUGGUACUAAUCUUGCUGAAUCAGUCAAUGGAGAUUGGCGUAGAUAAGAUGUUUGAACACUCACAAUUGGUUGAGGAUACUUGGCAAUGGGCAUAUCAAGCUCUGUGCUUUUCGUGCGGUUACUUUGCAUAUGAUCAGUUGGACAUGCUGCUCUAUCAGUUGUACAGUGGUUGGAUCCCCGCAAUCCCAGUGCAUCACUUAGUGCUCCUAGUUUGCUUCACGCUGGCAUUGUAUCGGAAUAUCACCAUCAACUAUCUUAUCCUAACUCUCAUUUGUGAGCUACUUCCAGUCUUUUUGCAUGUUUGGAAAGUUCGCCGUAUGGCUGGCAUCCGUAAUGCUGGGAGCAAGAUUGUGAAGGCAGAAUGGGUUUUCAAUUGGUUGACAUUUGUUUUUGCAAGAUGUGUGUCUCACAUUCUUAUCACAGUCAAGCUGGUCAUAGAUGCUUCCAAGUUUGAUAAGGGUGUGGAGCUCCCACUUACUGUCUCGAGACCCUUGUAUGCUUGAAGUGUCUAUGAAAGAAAUCUUCUAAUGUUGCAAAGAACUGAAGCUGUCUUACGAGCGAUGCAAUUGUUCUAUGGCACUCGGUAAGCUUAUCAGCAGCAAUAACCAGAUCCUCCGGCAUAAUAAAAAUUCCAUAAGAGUAAUGAACAAGCAUGAGUGUUGGAAACUUUAAGUGAAUGACCUACCUGCUCAACUUUUGGUUCACUGUUUGAGUGCAUACUUUGCUGGAGCUCGAAUUCCCGGAUCAUUCUGUGAGUCGACUCUUGAAGACAUGGUUGUAGAUUCUACUUUGAUGGUGUGGAGCUCAGAUUCAAGCGACUCUUUUCUCUCAUAGACUGCAUUUUGCUCGUUUUCUAGCUCGUCCAACCUUAUCCAUUGAAGCUCAUAGUCAUGUAUUGUUCUGGUUAGUUGGCUCUCCAAUUCCUGAUACUUAUAUUUCUUUAUUUCAGCUGAUAUUUUUCUUUGGUCUACUAUUUCUGUCUCGGUUCUUGCUGAGUUGAUAUUCAAGCGACUCAUUUGUUUCAUAGACUGCAGUAAGCUCGUUUUGCAGCUCAAGGUGCCUCAUUUUAGCUUCUGCAAUCCUACAGUUUCGCCACGAAGUUAAUUCCGACUUUUCUAACAUAUUUUCCAAGUAAACUAUGGAUCUGAGUAUUUUGAGACCGAUCAGGAUUUGAACUUAUUUUAUCCUUUGAAGUCCAAUACUUACCUAAUUCAAAGCUGACGAUUGAUUUA